UCCCACCGAACUUCGCCAACGGGUCCCAGCACAGUUCCACACCGGACGUCCAGGGAUAAGCCGCAUGAAGGCCCUUGCUCGCAGCUAUGUUUGUUUGCCCGGUAUGGGUGAGCACAUGGAUAAGCUUAAAGAUGUUAUCACCUUUGAGAUGCUUGUCCAAGCGGUGAAAGAAGAUGAUUUUGUAUUUUUGGAUGACAAUUUGACUGCUUACAUUAUGAAGCGUCAUGAACGCAUCGGUGAAAGCAAAUCAGAAGAACGCCUACUCGAAGGUGGCGUGGCAGUUAGGCACCGAAAGGAUGUUACAACUGAACGAGUACUAUUUAUUAUUUGUUAUUAUUUAUUAUUAUUACUACCCCUGUUCACCCUACAACAGAAUGCACUGAACCGGAAUGCUAGGCAAUGCAUGACAACUCUGUUCAAUCCUCCGUAUAACGUGAAAUACCGGUGCUUUCGAGAUCUGUUUCAAGCGUUUUCAGAAGACGACUUAUGGAAAGUCGAUCGUGUUUUGCCACAAAUACCCAAGCGUUUCAACAACCUGCGUUACCACAAUGAUGACUGUUCCUUGUCGACACUGUUGUUACGCCCGUUGGACGUUUUAUGUGGUUUGGAAAAUUCAAUCUUAGUUCAAGAAAUAACGAGACCGAAACGGCGCGCUGAGCGUAAUCCACCGAUGGUCGAGUUGUGCAACAUGUUUUUUGAAGUCAUGUUCUCGACACCAGCGUUGUUUUCGAAAUUAAAUGCUCUCAAGCAUGAAGACAUCAAAAGCUGGCACCUCCUAGCACCAGAGGAAAUCAAAUGGUUAACCCAUCUGUCUGAGUGCAUUGGUUUUCCGCAAUGUUUACUCCAACCAGAUUGCUUUGUGACACAAAGAACCGACCUAUCUUCUGUGUUCAGCUUAUGGACGGCACACCGGUUCAAGUCCGUUGGGGCAGUUACCGAUUCCGCUAGUAUUGACCCGCCUUCGUUGCUGGUCUGCUGUCGUGUCCGUAUCCGUAUUCACCUAAUAACGCUUCAAGAACGCCGGCCCGAAUGUCCAAAUUAUUGGGAACUAGUCAGCCAACUCCCACUUCCGCAGAAACUAAGAGAUUUUCUUCUUUUCAAAGAACUCUGGCCAAGCGGACCUCCCAGAUACUAUUCAAGCGAUGAUGAUUCCGAUUUCAGCGGUGGGUUCACCUCGGAGGAAAUGGAGGAAUUCUUUGAUGAUAAUGACAGUGACAUUUAUGAUUAGGCUAUCUCAUUGAAUUGAUCCUCAGUGACAGCUUGGGUUUUUGACUUGAUUGCUAUUCAAACACUUCAUCACCAGGGUGUUUCACAAAGAUUCCAGUUGACAAUAUUUAUUAUUUGUAUCCAUUUGUAUAUACUUCUACAUUACUUGCGAGCUCACAUCAUAUUUCUGUUUCCCUUUGUUGUUAUCGGUUCUGCGUCCAUGCAGUGGUUCAGUACUGAAGUAUGAUGUCCAACUGGUU